UCUUUGGUCUGUCUGUUUAAAUUACCUCUGAAAAGACCAGAAAGUGUGUCAUGAAACUUAUUGUAGAAGAAUGCAAGUUCAGUACUUCCUGCAAUACUCGGUGGUGUUCUUCCUGCAUUCCUUAAAAGAAGAAGGGGCGUGUUGUGGCUGGUUUGGAGCUGUUGUAAGUUUGUUGUCAAUGAGGAAGUGCCUGUGACAGGUCCAGGAGGGCCGACGAAGGUGUGGCUUCACAAGAACAGCAGCACAGCAUGCAGGUAGACAGCAUAAAGACUGAUAAGAGCACAGAUCUGCUCUGUUACAGUGACUGUCUACGCUUGGACAAUGACGCGAGCACUCCUAUUGUGGGUCCUCAUCCUAAAUGCCUCACUCAAGCCCUCAGAGAGCCAUGGUCCUGAGUUUGGAGACGGGAAAGACUAUGAGGUGGUCCAACCUGUCAGACUUCACACAGUGCGAAAGAGACAAGCUGAGCACCUCAGACCUCAGACUAUUAAUUAUGCAAUGACUGUGGGAGGAAAAGACAUUGAAAUGCAACUAGAAAAAAAUAAUGAAUUACUCACCAAAGACUACACUGAGACGUACUACCAAGAAGAUGGGACUCCAGUCACCACAACACCAACAGACAUUGAUCACUGCUACUAUCAUGGGAGGAUUGUGAACGACAGUGAAUCGUCUGUUAGCAUCAGCACUUGUGAUGGACUCAGGGGUUACUUUAGAACGUCUGCCCAGAGGUACCUGAUAGAGCCUCUGUCUGGUGACGAUGAAGGAGAUCAUGCAGUGACAACAUUUAAUGAGAAGAACUUCACACCUGCAGUGUGUGGUGUCACCAACACCACCUGGAGCGAUGACUACGAACCUCCAACAGGCCGCAGUCGCUCCAGAUCAGCGGGUAUUUCUAUUGUCCAGCAACAGAAAUACAUCGAGCUCUUCCUUGUUGCUGACAACCGUGAGUAUGUGAAGAUGAAGAGAGAUCAGACGGUGCUAAGAAAGAGGAUAUUUGAAGUUGUCAACUUUGUCAACAUGGCAUACAAACCCCUGAGAACCUUCAUUGCUCUGGUGGGAUUGGAGGUCUGGUCCAAUGGUGAUUUGAUAACGGUGACACCCCCUGCUGGGGCCAACCUGGAUGCUUUCAGAACAUGGAGGAACACUGAGCUUGUGAAGAGGAAAAAACAUGACAACGCACAUCUCAUCAGUGCUAUUGACUUUGAGGGAGCCACUGUGGGUCUAGCUUACAUUGGGACUCUCUGUUCGGGUCACUCUGUCGGGGUCGUACAGGAUCACAAUGACCGUGCAAUUGCAGUGGGAGCAACCCUGGCCCAUGAGAUGGGCCAUAACUUGGGCAUGGACCAUGACGACUCCAGAACUUGUGCUUGUUCAGGGGAUAGCUGCAUCAUGGCUGCAGCCCUCAGCUGGAACGUUCCUCGGACUUUCAGUAGCUGCAGCAGCAACCAGUAUGAAAAAUACUUGACAAACCGCAGCCCCAGCUGCCUGCUGGACAAACCAGACUACAAGAGUGUAGUGGCUCCUGCAGUGUGUGGGAAUGGUUUUAUGGAAAAUGGAGAGCAGUGUGACUGUGGCACUGUGGAGGAGUGCACCAAUCCAUGCUGCAAUGCCACCACCUGCAUGUUGAAGGAGGGUUCGCAGUGCGGGGACGGCGAGUGUUGUGAAAACUGUCAGAUUUCGCCUCGCUCCAGAGAGUGUCGCAAGAAGCAGGAUGACUGUGAUAUUGCAGAGUUCUGUGAUGGGAACAGCGCCACCUGUCCUGAGGACGUGUUUGCUGUGAACGGGCUCCCGUGUGAUGGAGGUCUGGGUUACUGUUUCAACGGUCAGUGUCCACAGAGGCCAGGCCAGUGUGUCAAGAUGUUUGGAUCAGGUGCUGUCGAGGCCCGUGCGUCCUGCUAUAACCAGAACAAGAGAGGAGUCUUCUACGGCUUCUGCAGACGUCCAUCAAGGGACCAGUACAUACCCUGUCAGCAAGAGGACGUGUUCUGUGGAAAGCUCUUCUGCUGGAACGGCAAUGAAAAUCCAAACUAUGGCCGCAUGGUCACGGUGUUAGAAUGCAAGGCGGCUUUCUUUGAAGACUACACUAAAGACUACGGCCAGGUGGACACAGGGACGAGAUGUGGAGAUGGAAAGGUGUGCAGCCAGAAUCAGUGUGUGACUCUUGAGACGGCCUACCGAAACAUUAACUGCUCUGCUAAAUGCCCAGGCCAUGCUGUCUGUAAUCACAGAAGUGAGUGUCAGUGUGAGCCUGGCUGGAUGCCUCCUUACUGUGAUUCAGAGGAUGGAGCCUUCAGUUCUCUUUCUACAGGAGCAACUGUUGCCAUCAUAGUAACGGUUAUAUUAGUGCUUCUGGGUGCCAUUGCUGCUGCAGUGGGGAUAAUCUGGAAGAAACGACAGAGUCCCCUCUUGCCAACAACACAGACACAGAGGAAGCCCGUCCUUAGCAGCUCUGCUGGCCACCUGAACAAAGUGCCAAGUCAGCCCAGGCCAGUCAAACAGGCUGGAAGGCCAAAACCCAAAGGAGCUCCACCUCCACCACCCCCUGCAGGAAACAGACCCAAACCCCAGAGUCAGAACUACAUUGCUGCACGUCAGGCUCUGAGGCCGGUACCUCCACCAAAGGUCUGAUGUCUGACACAGGGGCAAAUAUGAGCGAAUCACUGGAUGCAUACCUUUGUCUUCUGUCUUCUGCUGCUGGAAAUCCAGAGAAGCAGACAUUUAACAGUUUUUUUACUGCAAUGCUGAAAUAUCAAGAGAGACAUACAUCUGACAGGAUGGAGAGACUGGACUCUAGAUGUUACUGGAAUGACAUGCUCUGAGGACUUCAAUGCAGGGAUUCGCUUUAAGUUAUAUGUCACUAUUUUAUACUGUAAAGUUAGAGUUGGUAGUGAUAUCUUUAAUUUUCACAGUAAUGGUCUGACUGUGUCGACAUGACUGAAUUUAGCUGUCAAAUGAUGUUCAGCAUCUUCCUGAUAUUUUACGGUUGUUUUUUUUAGAAUCCUGAUAAAUAUCCCAAACUGCUCUGACUAAUUGGAGUGAUGGUCAAAAAUUGCCUACACUGAAGGGCGUUGAAGUGCAACGGAAUAGAAAUACUAACUGCAAUUAUCCUGUCGCUCACAAGUUCUGUCAUACGUUACUUGUCUGUCUCAAGGCAAACCUUCUUGAAAAUACAACAAAAUCACUGACUGAUUUGAAGUCAUAUUUAUGAAGAUAGAUGGAUAGAUACAUGGGUUUUCUCCAGGUUCCUCCCACAGUCCAAAAACAUGCUGAGGUUAAUUGAUAAUUCUAAUUUGCCCAAAGGAAUGAAUUUGAGUGUGAUUGUUUGUCUCUAUGUGUAGUCCUGUGAUAGACUGCUACCUGUCCAGGUGUCCCCUGCCUUCACCCUCAGUCAGCUGGGAUAGACUCCAGCCCCACUACAACCCUAAUGAGGAUUAAGUGGUGUAUAGAGAAUGGAAGCAUGGGUUUGGACUAAUAUUGUUACAGACUUGGUUCAUGUAAAUAUAUAUAUUUUUCUGCGACUUCUCUCACACAAGUUCACUGUGUGAACGUGUAUACAAUGUAAAAAAAAAAAAAAAAAAGGACGACUUCUUGUAGAGGUUUCACACCAGCGCUGGGUAUGAUGAUAACCAAAAUCUACUAAAUACCCCACAGUGAUACUACAGGCAGCAAGAGUUUCACAUUACUGUAAUAAUUUUAUUGUUUUACUUGUGUUUCUGUGUUUUUCGUGUUGGGGGCAGCAGAACAGUCUGUAAACAGCUGGAAGUCAAUGCCUGACCCAUCAGAAUCAGCCGAUCUUUUAUGUUCACUACCUUUAGUAUAUUUGAUGAAGCAAUGCAAAAUAUGACCUUCUGACUAUGAAUAUUUUCUAAGCUGCAGACCUUAGAAGUACAUAAGAGUGGGAUAAAACGUCAUGUUAAUGUUUUCAGCAUUUUUGAGCCCUCAUGGCAUCAUAAGUACAGGAAAUGCAUACAUGAAAUUUCAGGUAGGAACUGCAGUCAAAUUAAUCUUAAGUGAACUUCAGGUGUCAUGUUCCAAAGCGAGGAAGUUUGUUUGGCACUUUUUUUUUCUAUAACCAACUCUGAGCAUCAACAUUUUGGGAUAUAUUCUUGUUACAACCACAAAACUGUAUAACAUAAAGUCAUAGAAACAAGCAUCAGUACUCUGGAUGUGCUGUCUGACAAUUCACUGGCGAAAACAUUAAAAAGUGAAUUUUGGGUAAACUCUGAAGAGUCAAAUCAUCAUGUGGGUAGGUGUUCAGUUAAAACAACUUAUGCUGGUGUGCUAGUGCUUGUAUCUAAGACUAUGUCAUGGACAUUGAGCUAGUGCAGUUUUGCUAUUGAAAUAAAGGCACUAAGUUGGGUAUAUAAAAAUUGUGCUUAAAAGACAGUACAAGGAGAGAUUUUGGUUUUUGAUUGUGGCUCCUGGAGUGGAUGUAAAAUUGAUAUGACUGCCAGUUUCUUAAAGAGCUCAAAUGUGUUUUUUUGUCCAUGAAAAUUUCAUACUUCUAUCUCCUUUACAUGUGAAGUGAUGAAGGCCCAAAAAUGAUGAAAUAAUUAAUUUAAAAGCACCAACUUUUGAUCUAUGUUUUUAAAGGCAAACUUGGAAAAAUACUCAUAGUAUGAAGGUAAUGUAUUACAUGGCUUCAGAUGUUAUUAUACACAAAAAACUGCUGAUUCUGAGGGGUCAGGUGGGAACAUUUUCCGCUUUUGGUCAACUGUAUCUUGAAUUAUCCAAAUUUGUCCUACUGAUAUUUCAAUAUUAAAACGAGACCUUAUUUAAAAAGUUGAUCAGAAUUAAGAGAUCAAUGUUUGGACUUUAUGGAGACAUUUUUAAAUGAACUGUCAUAAUGAAGACAAGCCAAAUAAAACACUGCAUUUGAAUUUUA